CCCCGCCUCUCAGUUAAAGGCUCUGCUGCUGCUGUGGCGCCUCUCCUUCCAGGAUGGCUGCCCUAGCUGUAAACAAACCCGGAGCCGGAGUAGACAGUGGGCGGCAGGGCAGCCGGGGGACGGCGGUAGUGAAGGUUCUGGAGUGUGGGGUUUGUGAAGAUGUCUUCUCUUUGCAAGGAGAUAAAGUCCCUCGCCUCCUUCUUUGUGGCCAUACAGUCUGUCAUGAUUGUCUUACUCGGUUGCCUCUACAUGGAAGAGCAAUCCGUUGCCCGUUUGAUCGACAAGUAACAGACCUCGGAGAUUCAGGUGUUUGGGGACUGAAAAAAAACUUUGCUUUACUGGAACUUUUAGAGCGAUUGCAGAAUGGGCAUAUUGGUCAGUAUGGGUCUGCUGAGGAAGCCAUUGGGAUAUCUGGAGAGGUACUGAUGGGACUUGUUGAAAUAUUUAUUAGCAUCAUUCGGUGUGAUGAAGAUGAAGCUCACGUUGCAUCUGUAUAUUGCACUGUGUGUGCAACUCACUUGUGCUCAGAGUGUUCUCAAGUUACUCAUUCUACAAAGACAUUAGCAAAGCAUAGGCGAGUGCCUCUAGCUGAUAAACCUCAUGAGAAAACCAUGUGCUCGCAGCACCAGGUGCAUGCCAUUGAGUUUGUUUGCUUGGAAGAAGGUUGUCAAACUAGCCCACUCAUGUGCUGUGUCUGCAAAGAAUAUGGAAAGCACCAAGGUCACAAGCAUUCAGUACUGGAACCAGAAGCUAACCAGAUCCGAGCCUCAAUUUUAGAUAUGGCUCACUGCAUACGGACCUUUACUGAAGAAAUCUCAGAUUAUUCCAGAAAACUAGUUGGAAUUGUUCAGCACAUUGAAGGAGGAGAACAAAUAGUGGAAGAUGGAAUUGGAAUGGCUCACACAGAACAUGUCCCAGGUACUGCAGAGAAUGCCCGAUCAUGUGUCCGAGCUUAUUUUUCUGAUUUACAUGAAACUCUUUGUCGUCAAGAAGAAAUGGCUCUAAGUGUUGUUGAUGCCCAUGUGAGAGAAAAGCUCAUUUGGCUCAGGCAGCAACAAGAGGAUAUGACUAUUCUCUUGUCUCAGGUUUCAACAGCCUGUCUCCAUUGCGAAAAGACUUUACAGCAGGAUGAUUGUAGAGUUGUCUUGGCAAAACAAGAAAUUACAAGAUUAUUAGAAACACUGCAGAAACAGCAGCAGCAGUUUACAGAAGUUGCAGAUCACAUUCAGUUGGAUGCCAGUAUCCCAGUCACUUUUACAAAGGACAACAGAGUUCAUAUUGGACCCAAAAUGGAAAUCCGAGUAGUUACAUUAGGAUUAGAUGGUGCUGGAAAAACUACUAUUUUAUUCAAAUUAAAACAAGAUGAGUUCAUGCAGCCUAUUCCAACAAUUGGUUUUAAUGUGGAAACUGUGGAAUACAAAAAUCUGAAGUUUACCAUUUGGGAUGUUGGUGGAAAGCACAAAUUAAGACCAUUGUGGAAACAUUAUUACCUCAAUACACAAGCUGUUGUAUUUGUUGUUGAUAGCAGUCAUAGAGACAGAAUCAGUGAAGCACACAGUGAACUUGCAAAGUUGUUAACAGAAAAAGAACUCCGAGAUGCCUUGCUCCUGAUUUUUGCUAACAAACAGGAUGUUGCUGGAGCACUAUCAGUAGAAGAAAUCACUGAACUUCUCAGUCUCCAUAAACUAUGCUGUGGUAGGAGCUGGUAUAUUCAGGGUUGUGAUGCUCGAAGUGGUAUGGGGCUCUAUGAAGGGUUGGACUGGCUGUCCCGGCAACUUGUGGCUGCUGGAGUGUUGGAUGUUGCUUGAUUCUAAUGCAGCACUUGUUUCAAGCUUAUGGUUAAAAGUUACUCUGCAUGUAAUGUAUCCUAAGAAAUUCUACAUCUCAAAUGAUAGUUAAUGUAGGAUGUGUAUAUAAGAUUUCUGGACUGAGAACUAAGUAUGCCAUUGCUUUUUAAAAUUAUUCUGUGACAAUUUUAAAUGACCAUAUUAAUUGGUUAAAUAGAAAUUUCUUGGAUAUAGACUUUUAAAGGGUACAUUAGGUACUGGAGAUUUUCAGUUUAUAUAUGACCUGCAUAUUGGGGGGGAGUAGUUACAAAGGAUUAAGCAAGUGAACGUUCUUUAUUGCAGUGAAAAAACAAAACACAACAAAAAAACAAAACAGCCAGUGGAGUGCCUAAAAGAACCUAGGGAAGUAUGGCUUUCUUAACCCCACCUUUUACUCAGUUUUGGCAGUAGGCAGGGCAGUUGUGCACUAGAACUGAAGCUAUAUUGGGGGAAAUAAGAUUGCUUUACUUUCACUUUCAGUAUAGCAGUAUCAGUAAUGCUGGGGAGUAUAAACUAUAGAAAAAUCAGUAUUUUCUACAGUUUUAUCAGCUCUCCUAAAACAUUUUGCAUAAUACAGUGAGAAUGAGAUAGUAUCUAAGUGAACCUGAUCAUUAGACUAAACCAAAACCAGUAAAACUGAAAAUUGUUUGAUCUUUACUAACAAGAACCAUUUCCAGGAAUGGUCCUAGGUUUACUUCCUAGGUCAGAGUUGGUCCUUUAGUUGUUAAACACAUUAUUUAGGCUAAGUGAUAUUGCUUCCUUUGUUGGUAAAGUGUUAUAAGUCACAUGAAAAGCGAGUCACUUUUACAUGAACAUAUAGAGACCUAAAUAGAAAACUACCUAUACCUUAGGGAAAGGUAUUCAAACUUUGGGAAUGCUAACUUCUUUAAAUGGCUCCCAAAUUCGUGUGACAAUAAAAAGGAUCAAGGCUCUUCAGGACUAGGUCUCAGUGAAGAGGAAGAACAUAUCUAUAGGGAAAGAAACAGUUGAAAAGUUUACAUUUAGUAUGGCAGUGUUGUGAAUAAAAGUUAAAUUUUGCGUUCUUUAUGGUUUGUUUUUUGUAAAGGAUACUCUUAUUAUGGAUGGAAGCAUGAUUUCUUUAAAUAGCUAGAUUUCUUGUUUUUAAUGCUUUUCUUUAGGAUGAAGUUGAUUUUUAAAUUGUACUGCAGUUACAAAGACAGUGAUGUCUGACAAUAGGAUGUAACUUUUAGGUGGCACUGUUCUGGUUCCAUUUUUUUCAAAUGUACUUUUUUUUUUUUAAAUUAGAAAAAGCCCAUCACAUAUUACGGGCAAUAUGUAAAUAAAAGUAUAUUUUGUCCUUGGUUUUUCAAGAAAGUAACUGGUCAUGCUGUUACAAGUAGUUGUGUGUAUACGUAAUACUGUGUAACUAAAUUAUUUAAUAUUUGAUUUUAGUAACUGUGAAAAAUAAAAAUGUUGCAUUGCUUGUGAGACCUUGAAUUGUUUUUCUGUAGUAACUGAAAAUGUGCUGACACUAAGUGAACUUGAUUUUCUUAUAAAUUAUGUUUAUUAUUUCACUAAUUUUGUUAAACUUUGUAAUUCAUAUUCUUAAAAUAUAACCAAAUAUAAUUUUAAGAUUGUGCUUAAAUAUGAUUGUAAUAUAGAUAUAUUAUAGUGUUUAUGUGUGGUUCUUUUCUCGGGCGGGCUCUUGUUACUGUGCAUACUUACAUCGUUUGGCUAAUCAUUUGUUAAGAGUAUACUAGUUUCCUCUGGGAAGUGUCAGAUUUUAAAAAUCAGCAUAUGUUUUAACAACAAUAUACUGGGAUUUGCCUUAUGUCUGAAAUUCUGUAUUACAUCUAGUUAUUACUGUAUUACUUAUAUACAGCAGGUAUGUUAAGUAUAUAGCCCUUGGUAUGUAAUUCAGGAAUGAUUUAUAGCCAACAGAAGACAUUAUUUGUACUUACGUGUAUGAUCAGUAUAGAAAGCAAUAAAAUGUUUAAUUUAUAAGGA